UUUUAAUUAUGGUUUACAAAUUUGAAGCUGUACCUUGGGGAUUAAAGACUGUUUGGUAUUUUUAUGAACUCAAAGAUUCUGUCCCAUAAAUUAUUACCAUUGUUAAUAAGAAGAAAUUUGAUGCAAUAAUUAUGCCAAUUUUCCCAUCAAAUAUUUAAAGGGAAGGAAAUAUUAAUGAUUUUAUUAAUCAUUCAUAUUUAAAAUCAGAAUUAGAAGUUAAAUCAGAUGACAUCUAAAAGCUACAUUUUUUAAUUUCCAAUCAUAACCUUAGUGAUGAUAAUAAAGAAAAGAGAAAAAUAAAUAGAGAGAUGUUAAAAUAGGAAAUUUAAUUUGCUGCUUAUUUAGGAGUACCAUCAAUUAUAUUAAAUUCAAAUUGUGAUCCUAUAAAACUAGCCAAAUUUAUAAGAAAAGUAUAAUUUCUUAUAAUUUUUAGAUGUCAAAUAAAUAUUUUAUUGACUUGAAUACUUUUGUUUUGGAUGUUGAUAUUAUAAAAGAUUGGAAUAAAUAUAAUUAAAUUCGAUAAGAGUUAUAAUUUAAUCUUCCAAUACUUCUUAGAUUAAAGAAAGAAAUGACAACUAAGGUAAUUGUUAUUAUUAUUUAUAUAUAGAAUGAAUAAAGAAAAUGGCUCUCUGAAAAUAUUAGAUUUGUACAUUUAAAUCAAGAACAUUUUUCAAUGAAUGAUUAAGGAGCACCAAAAUUAGAAGAUGCUCAAAACUAAUUUUUGACUUCUUAUUUUCCAUUUGAAAAUUAUAUAUCAAUAUCAGCUAAAUCUCCAUAAAUAGAUUUAGCUGAUUAUCGAUAAUAUUUGAUUCAUCUUUUUAAAAAUUAAUAACCUCUAUCAGAUUAAGCUAAUUUGGCAUCAGAAUUCUUUGAUGAAUUACAAAUUCCUUUAUAACCUUAUAAGGAUAAUUUAAAUUCAGGAACUUAUGAAGUUUUUGAAUAGGAUAAAAUAAAAUAUGAUUUAUAUGAAGAUGCUUGUAGAAAAUAUUUGAAAAAUGUAAAAAAAACAGAAAUUAAUAUUUUAAUGGCAGGAGCUGGAAGAGGUGGAAUUUUAGAAAGAGUAAUUUUUGCAGCUUAAGGUGCAAAAUGUAAAAUAAAAAUAGUUGCUCUUGAAAAAAAUCCAUAUGCAUAUAUGACUUUAGUAUUUUAAAAAAAAAGAUAAAAAUAAUGGAAGGAUGUAGAAAUAAUUUUAAAUGAUUUAAAAACAUGGUAAACAGAAUUGAAAUUUGAUUUAAUUGUAUCUGAAUUAUUAGGCAGUUUUGGAGAUAAUGAAUUAUCACCUGAAUGUUUAUUGUGGGCUUAAAAGUUUUUAUAACCAGAUGCAAUUAGUAUUCCAAGUGAUUCUGUAUCUUAUUGUGUUCCAGUAAGUUGUCCUUAAUUACAUACAAAAGUUAAAAAAAGUUAUGGAUAUGAUUUUAGUUAUGUAGUUCACUUUUAAAAAUAUUACACUAUACAUGAUAUUUAAAAAUGUAUGUAAUUUAAACAUCCAGAUUUUAAUAAUGAAAAUAAAUUAGCAUAAGAAUAAGUAUAAUAACAUUAACUAUCUGUAGAAUUUAUUAUUUGAGUUUAAACAAGAUUUAUUGAUACAUGGAAUGGCUGGUUAUUUUACAUCUAAACUUUAUGAAGAAAUAGAACUUAGUACACAUCCAAAUAAUAGUACUCCAGAUAUGUUUUCUUGGUUUCCUAUUUAUUUUCCUUUUGAAGUAUUUAAUGUUAAUUAUUAUUAUUCAGAAACCUGUAAAUAUAUUAAAAAAACAAAAAUUGAAAUUUACAAUAAAGAGAGUAAACAAUGAAGCAGGAGUUUGGUAUGAAUGGUUUAAUACAGUAUUAAAUGAAGAUGAUUAAAUAUUAGAUGGAAGUAGAAUUCAUAAUGAAAAUGGUAAAAAAUAAAUAAUUGAAAUAAAGUGA